CAAACAUCACAUGACAGUUUGCGCAUCCUCAUCAGUAUUCUACUCUUUUUUCUUUUUUCUGAAAAUAGAUGUUGAAACUAAAGAUCUAGAAAACCCAUUUUCUUGUGUUUCUGUUGUUAUUUAAACGUGGUUUACAUUGAGUCGUCUUUCUUUCUUUUGUUUUAAAUCUUUAUUAUAAAUUACUGUCAAUUAUUGCCAGAAUCGAUCAUCAAAAUGGCUAGAGGACAACAGAAAAUUCAAUCACAACAAAAAGCUGCUAAAAAGGCUCAGGAAUUGAAACGUCAACAGGGACAUGAUCAAAAAACUGCUGCUCAAAAGGCUCUUGUUUUCACUUGUGCUGUUUGUAAGUCUCAGAUGCCAGAUCCCAAGACCUACAAGCAACAUUUUGAAAAUAAACAUCCAAAAGCACCUAUGCCUGCUGAACUUCAAGAUGUGGCUAGUUAACCUUAUCAAUUUUUAAUUGCCGGCAAACUUUGAUAGGAAAAAAUUUCACAACUCCUAAAUGGCCGUUAUGUGUAUAAGCUGUUCAAAUUCAAUUCAUUUCUAAAAAUCACUUGAUAAGAAAAAGCCUGUUUAAACCGAGUUCUUUUCGUUCAUCAUCAAUAAAAAAAAUUUGUUAUGAGAAGACUUGGCUUGAAUAGAAAUAAAUUGAUAUCUUUUCAUUAAAAUGAUCAUGGACCAUCAUCAA